GGCCUCCCUCCCCGCAACCCCGCCGGUCCUCUCAGAGAGGUCCACCGGGAGAACGGGGCCCCCCGGGUCCCCCAGGACCGCCGGGAGUGCCUGGAUCCGACGGCAUCGACGGCGACAAGGGGCCCCCUGGCAAAGCUGGCCCUCCGGGACCCAAGGGUGAGCCUGGCAAAGCUGGGCCAGAUGGUCCAGACGGGAAGCCUGGGAUUGAUGGUUUAACUGGAGCCAAGGGGGAGCCUGGCCCCAUGGGGAUCCCUGGAGUCAAGGGCCAACCCGGGCUUCCUGGUCCUCCUGGCCUUCCAGGCCCUGGUUUUGCUGGACCUCCUGUAAGUCCUCAGGGAUAGGGCAGGGUCCCCAGAGCUCCCAAGGAAGGAGGGGACAACAGAAAGGCUUCAAGGGAAUGGCCGCCAUGGGGAGGGGCCAGCGUGCUGUGAUAGUGUCGGGAAUAGGUGGACCUGCCAGAGACCCAGGGCCAGCCCACUCUGGGCCUGUCCACUGGCUCUGCAAUUCUCUGGUCCUUAAAGCCCAAGGCUGUCAGUCUCUCGGGGGUUGGCAAAAAAAAAAAAAAAAGUAAAAGUGGAGAAACGGGCUUUGGUUGCCUGUCUCUACCUUCAUGCCCAGGGUAUCUGACUCUCUGAGGCAUCCUGACCAUCCACUCUCUGCUCCCCAGGGACCGCCUGGACCUGUUGGCCUCCCUGGUGAGAUUGGAAUCCCGGGCCCCAAGGGGGACCCUGGACCAGAUGGACCAUCGGGGCCCCCAGGACCUCCAGGGAAACCUGGUCGCCCGGGAACCAUCCAGGGUCUGGAAGGCAGUGCGGAUUUCCUGUGUCCAACCAACUGUCCAGCGGGGAUGAAAGGUCCCCCAGGGCUGCAGGGAGUGAAGGGACAUGCAGGCAAACGCGGGGUUCUGGGUGAUCCUGGCCGCCAGGGGAAGCCGGGUCCCAAGGGAGACGUGGGUGCCUCUGGAGAGCAAGGCAUCCCUGGACCACCGGGUCCCCAGGGCAUCAGGGGCUACCCGGGCAUGGCAGGGCCCAAGGGUGAGACGGGCCCUCAUGGAUAUAAAGGCAUGGUGGGCACCAUCGGUGCCACUGGGCCACCGGGUGAGGAAGGUCCUAGGGGACCGCCAGGCCGAGCUGGGGAGAAGGGCGACGUGGGCAGCCCAGGUAUUCGUGGACCCCAGGGGAUCACAGGCCCGAAGGGAGCAACGGGCCCCCCAGGCAUCAACGGCAAGGACGGGACCCCAGGCACGCCUGGCAUGAAGGGCAGUGCAGGACAGGCGGGACGGCCAGGAAGCCCAGGCCACCAGGGCCUAGCGGGUGUGCCGGGCCAGCCUGGGACAAAAGGAGGCCCUGGAGACCAGGGUGAGCCGGGCCCGCAGGGCCUUCCUGGAUUCUCUGGUCCCCCUGGGAAAGAGGGAGAGCCAGGGCCUCGAGGAGAAAUUGGUCCUCAGGGCAUCAUGGGACAGAAGGGUGACCAGGGCGAGAGGGGUCCAGUGGGGCAGCCGGGCCCUCAGGGAAGGCAGGGCCCUAAGGGGGAGCAGGGCUCCCCUGGAAUUCCAGGGCCCCAAGGCUUACCGGGCAUCAAAGGAGACAAGGGCUCCCCAGGGAAGACCGGGCCUCGCGGCGGAGUGGGUGACCCGGGGGUGGCCGGCCUCCCUGGAGAGAAAGGCGAGAAGGGCGAGUCCGGCGAGCCGGGGCCCAAGGGACAGCAAGGAGUACGUGGAGAACCCGGCUACCCCGGCCCCAGUGGGGAUGCGGGCGCCCCAGGGGUUCAGGGCUACCCUGGUCUCCCCGGCCCUCGAGGACUGGUGGGGAACCGAGGCGUUCCAGGACAGCCCGGGAGACAGGGCGUGGCGGGCCGGGAUGCCACUGACCAGCACAUCGUGGAUGUGGCGCUGAAGAUGCUGCAAGAGCAACUGGCAGAGGUCGCCGUGAGUGCCAAGCGGGAAGCCCUGGGUGCAGUGGGCAUGGUGGGUCCCCCAGGACCUCCUGGGCCCCCUGGGUACCCAGGCAAGCAGGGACCCCAUGGGCACCCUGGCCCUCGGGGUGUUCCUGGCAUCGUGGGAGCCGUGGGUCAGAUCGGGAACACGGGGCCCAAAGGAAAACGUGGAGAGAAGGGUGAUCCAGGAGAAGUGGGACGGGGGCACCCCGGGAUGCCUGGGCCCCCAGGGAUCCCAGGACUCCCUGGCCGGCCUGGCCAGGCAAUCAACGGCAAGGAUGGCGAUCGAGGGUCCCCAGGGGCUCCAGGAGAGGCAGGUCGACCUGGGCUGCCAGGCCCCGUGGGGCUCCCAGGCUUCUGUGAACCUGCAGCCUGCCUUGGAGCUUCGGCCUAUGCCUCUGCCCGCCUUGCAGAGCCUGGAUCCAUCAAGGGGCCUUGAGCAUCAGGGCCUGGACAGAGCCUGGCAGGCAUCCUGGGGGGAAGGACCAGGUCCCCUCCGGGUGGACAUGUACCCAUCCCCAACCCAGGAAACCAUCUCCCCCAGGACCUUCUGUCUGGAACCCAGGAGUCCUGAGGAAAAGGAAUUCUAAAACAUCGGGGAAGGGGAGGGAGAGCACUGAUGGGUGAAAAAGUGAGACCAACACACAGGGCAAGUGGUGUCGAUGGGGUCGAAGCUCUGAAGGAAUAGGGUGGCUUUCCUUCCAGGGAACAUCACUCAGCUGUUACCAAAACAAACAUCUUAAUCUGCACCGUUCUCCACUGGCCAUCUUGUCCUUGGGUCAGUGGGACGUGGGCACCCCGGGAGGCCUGGGCCCUGCCCAGCUACAGUUCCACCCCUCAGCUCGAGGAUUAAUGACUGAGGUCUCUGCCAGUUCCUGAGCCCAUCUCACUCUCUGACCUACCAGGUGACUGCUGCUGGGUGACUACCCUGAGGCGGCUAUACCCUUAAGCCAGCCCCACUACUUCCUUCCCUGCCUCCCAACUGAGUAUUUAAACAUCAACCCCCUUCUCUUUCUCGCAUAACUCUCCACCCCUUUCUCCCCAGAUCCGCCCAGGCCUUUCUGUAAAUAAAAGUUCCCAAGUUGGGUACAAACCAGGAUAUGGGAGUUACUCUAUCCUGGCGUUAACCAGG